GGAAUCUUUAGCAUAUUGUCGUUGACUUCAAUCUAUGCUUUUGUUCUACGAAAUUUAGAUUACUCAGCUAAUUUUGGUAUUGAUUCUCAUCGAUGUUAUAACUAACAAGACACAAUAUAUUCUAUAUUAUACGUUGCUGAUUUUCUAAGUAGAUCGAACAAAGUAACAGAGGAUGAGCCAAAUUCACUUAUUUAGCAGCGGGUUAGAGUUGGCAAAUUUGGUGGUCAGCUCUGGUGUCCUGUACCAUUCUUGGGCUGCAGUUCGGGACCUGUACAGUGAAAUCAAUCAAAAUGAACAGCAAUCUUUGUCAGUAAGAUACAAAGUUUCUCAGCAACCAAACAGUACCACCAUAGCUUUCUUUACUUGGCCUGCUUGUUCCAAAGACUAUAUUAUUCAGGGUGGAGGAGGAGAGGAUUUGGUUUCAUCAUCAACUCUAAAGGAGUCUUUUCCUCUCUUUGAAUUCCUGUGCACCAAAACCAACCCACAAUUCUCCAUUAACAAAGCUGCACUUGAGCUUUUUGCCUCCAUCCGUGAUAGUCUCCCCUCCUUGAAAUCUCAGAUUGAUUCCAAACCAGUAAUUAUUACUGGAAACUCUCUGGGAGGAUCUGUUGCCUCUCUAUUCACCUUAUGGCUACUAGAUAAAAUCAAUUUAUCAAGCACCAAAACACGCCCACUUUGCAUCACUUUUGGUUCACCCCUUGUAGGUGAUGAUGGGCUGCAAGAAGCCAUAUCAAAAUAUCCAACAUGGAACUCUUGCUUUUUGCAUGUAGUUUCUGAUCAGGAUCCAAUUCCCAGAGUCUUAAUUUCACCCCACAAUCCCAUUGACUCAAUUUACAAGCCUUUUGGUACAUUUCUCUUGCAUUCGGAAUUGGGCUGUGCUUGUUUUGAGGAUUCUCAAUCCAUUUUGGACUUGUUGACAGCAACCUACCUAGAGGGUCCAGAAAAUCAAAAUCCUAAUCAAGUUUUGGAGUUCUAUGAAGCACUUGUCCAACAUCUCAACCAUAAGGUAAUUUGUAAGGAUACUACACAAUUGGUUAAAAGGAAUACAAAAUCAUUUGAGGCAGGCAUCAUUACACAACUAGAAGCAAUUGGACUGGUGCGGGCCCAGUCAUUGCAGCAACAACAGAGGAACAAUGGCAUCGACAAUCUGAUUACAAGGACAGAAAGACAGGAAAAGAAGUUGGUAAUCCUGAAGAGGCACGUUUUUGAUCCUUCCAAGAAGUUGAAUGACAUAAAAAUAAAUAUGGCCUACUUGGAAUGGUACAAGAAACAUUUUAAGGAUAAGGGAAUUGGAUACUAUGAUAGCUACAAGAAUUCAGGCAAUUUAAGUGAUCUUAAUGUGGUAAGGUAUAAGAAAAUCCUCACUUGUUACUGGGAAGAAAUGGUUGAUGAAGCAGAGAAAAAGCCCCAGAAGGAAGGUGCCUCCUUUCGUACCGGAUGGCUCUUUGCGGGAACAAAUUACCGAAGGAUGUGUGAACCAUUGGACAUAGCGGAAUACUACAAUAAGGGUCUAAAAGACUACAUAAACCAAGGAAGGCCGAAACAUUACAAACAAUUGGAGCAAUGGCUUAAAGAAAUAGAGAAACCUGCAAGCAAUCCAAGUCAGUUGAAGAAGCAAAAUGUGGCUUCUAGUCUAACAGAGGAUUCUUGCUUUUGGGCACAUGUUGAGGAGGCUCGAAUUUCAUGCGAAUUGUUGAGUAGCAGAGAAUCAAGUAUUGAGGAGAAAGAAUCAUCAAAGCACAACCUGGUUGAGUUUGAAAACUAUGUUUUGAGUUUGAUGAAAAACUAUGCAGUAUCACCUGAGAUUUUCUUGCCGCGGAGUAGCUUCAUGCUGUGGUGGAAAGAGUAUGAGGAAAUCAUUAGAAAAGGAAUUAUGGGAGCUGCUUAUUAUUCACCUCUCACUGACGUAAUGAAGAGUCGCAGUUACCAAAACUAUGCUACUGGCGGCCUAGAGAUUCCCUGAAUUUGUAUACGUAUCAAACAUUUCAAAUCUAUGUAUAAUGUGUGCACUUGCCUUCAAACUUGUAUGGUAUUCUGAAAUCAUUUCCCAAUAAAUUGUAGAGAUGUCAUCAUCUUUUUCUUUUUUGAUUA